AUGCAGGCCUCUGUUGCUGCAUUCAUUCUCUCAGGCUUGAUGUAUAGCUUGCCAUGUCUCGCAUACCCGUCGGGAGGAUUGCCACCGAUAUGCGAGAUAAUUAACGCCGCUUUACCAGGCAAGGUAGCCUACCCAGACUCAGCCACAUACGAUACAUCCAACGUCUACUGGUCAGGUAGACAGAACAUGGAGCCCUCUUGUAUUGUUCUUCCCGCAUCUUCCGAGGAUGUUUCGAAUACUCUGGGGCUCUUGACUAAGCAUGACAGCCCCUUUACUGUCAGGGCCGGAGGACAUACCGCCUUCCCUAAGGGAUCUAACAUCCAGGGAGGAGUCGUCAUUGCUAUGGACUCGAUGGGAGACAUCCAUGUCUCUGCCGACCGCACCACAGUCUCUGUCGGCCCUGGUGCCCGCUGGAUUAAUGUCACUGAUGCUAUAACGCCUCUGGGUAUCGCCGUGGUUGGCGGCCGCAGCCCCAUGGUAGGCGUUUCUGGGUUUAUCUUGGGAGGUGGCCUCUCGUUUCUCACCGGUAGGCGAGGCAUGGGCUGCGACAACGUCCGGAACUUCCAGGUCGCACUGGUAUCAGGCAAGGUUGUGAACGCCAACCCGAAAGAGAACGAAGAUCUCUACUGGGCUCUUAGAGGUGGUGGCGGGUCUAGCUUUGGCAUUGUUACCCGGUUUGACCUCGAAGCUUACGAACAAGGCGAUGUCUGGAGCCGGCUGACCGUGUGGCCGGCCAGCGAUACUGCCAAAGUUCUUAACGCCUUUACCAGGAUCACCAGGGAAAAACUUCACUCGGGACAGGACCCGGACUCUCACCUGAUAUUCGGUUUGACCUACUCUGGUGUCGUCAACGGCGCCCCCAUCCCAACGGUAUACGGCUUCCAUGUGAACCUCUCAUCCCCGUAUGCGCCUGGUGGCGAGUUUGAUACCAUGAAAGGGUUCAACCAGCUCCCAAAGCCCCUCUCCAACGACACACUCGUCACGGACAUUUCAGGCCAGAUUCGAAGCACUGGAAGUUCCGUGUUCGGCGAGAGACAAUCAUGGUACGCCACUUCUAUUCGCGAUGGCGCGAACAGUAAUGGUUUUAUGAAUGAUAUCACCGAAGCCUUUACCUCCUUCGCCAACGAGCUUAGAGCAGAUAUAGAAGCUCGAGGGGCUUUCCUCAACGUGAGCAUGGUCUUCCAGCCCCUCACCAACCCUUCAUUCAAGGCCAUGCAGAGGAAUGGAGGUAACGCCCUGGGCCUUGAGCCUGCAAAGUUUCCUUCUUACAUCAUCUCUAUACCCAUGUCCUGGACCGACCCGGCCCUCGAUGAUCUGAUUGACAGCCGGACGAACCAUUUUGUUGAGAGCCUGGACGCUAUGGCUCAAAAGAGGGGGUUCAGGAAUGGCUAUGAGUAUAUGAACUACUCUGGGAGACUGCAAGAUGUGAUUGCAAGCUAUGGCAAGAAGAGCCAGGCCAGGCUCAGAGCCAUCUCAUCCAAGUAUGAUCCCGAUGGGCUCUUGAGGAAGCUCUGGACCGGGUAUUUCAAGCCUUGA